GUCACUACCGGGAAGGYAGGGGAACGCCAGGAAGAGCACGGUAUUUAUCUAUCGAUGAAUGAAACGAAAACGAGAACUUCAUUCAUUCUCGUUUCUGUCAAAUCCCUGGAGUCACAGUCAAGUAUUCCAGGUGUGGAUGUUUGUUAGUCCUGGUAGAAACAGCAGCAGGUGUGUGCACAAAGGUCAGCGUCGUGCAUGUUCGUGAAGAGCCCGUGUAAGCCAUGUCUGUGUCAGUGAUCAUAAAGUGGGGAGGACAGGAGUACUCCAUCAGUUCUCUUUCUGAAGAGGACACUGUGAUGGACCUGAAACAGUCUAUCAAGAGUCUGACUGGGGUGUUACCAGAGAGACAGAAACUACUGGGACUAAAGAUUAAAGGUAAACCUGCAGAGGAUGAGGUUAAGCUGGGCUCUUUGAAAUUAAAGCCUAAUACCAAAAUUAUGAUGAUGGGUACCAGAGAAGAAAGCCUGGAAGACGUUUUAGCUCCUCCCCCAGACAAUGACGAUGUUGUAAAUGAUUUUGACAUUGAGGAGGAAGUCAUAGAGGUGCAGAACAGAGAGGAGAAUCUUGCUAAAAUAGCUCGCAGAGUCAAAGACUAUAAAGUCGAGGAACUGAAUUCUCCCAGAGAAGGCAAGAGGCUCCUGGUGUUGGAUGUGGACUACACGCUGUUUGAUCACAAGUCUUGUGCCGAAACGGGUCAGGAGCUGAUGAGACCGUUCCUUCAUGAGUUCCUCACAUCUGCAUAUGAGGACUACGACAUUGUCAUCUGGUCUGCUACAAGUAUGAAGUGGAUAGAGGCCAAGAUGAAAGAGUUGGGAGUGACGGARAACCCAGGUUACAAGAUCACAUUCAUGUUGGACAGCGGAGCCAUGAUCACAGUUCACACCCCGAAGAGAGGGGUGGUGGAGGUGAAGCCUUUAGGUGUGAUCUGGGGAAAGUAUGGGGAGUUUUACAACAGAAAGAACACCAUCAUGUUUGAUGACAUCGGACGAAAUUUCCUCAUGAAUCCACAGAAUGGACUAAAGAUCCGACCCUUCAUGAAGGCCCAUCUCAACAGGGAGAAGGACAGAGAGCUCUCUAAACUGGCUCAGUACCUGAAAGAAAUCGCCAAGCUUGAAGACUUCAGUGGACUUAAUCAUAAGCAUUGGGAGAGGUACUUAUCCAAG